ACUUGUUACCCGCAUCUCUCUGUGCACACACUGCUGUUUAUGUGUGUGGGAGUCUGAAGAUGGUCAGAAAACACUCGAGUUAAUUGCGACAGACUAUUUUAAGUUAGAAGGAGAGGAAGGAGGGUAUUUUUCACAAACAUACUGCUAACUGUCGGCGAAUACACGGAACAUUUAGCUUUGACAUUUCUGUCUGACUGUUACGAGACGGCGUUUGGCGUAGAUACCGUUCCUAACAUCGAAAUGUGGGAACAGGAGGAAUUCGCAAAACACUGGAGAAAUGAAUUUCCCGACGGAAAAGUACCAACAAUGGACUUGCAGACUGUUGAGGACAUCGAGUCGGAGCUGGAGGCGAGUAAAGCCAACCUGAAGAGGCUGCAGAAGGCUCUGGGGGAGGAGAAAUUCAAGGUGAUCUAUCUGCAGACCACCAUGGCUCGGCAGAAGAGCAACGACCCGGAAAGGUUUGAGGGCAAAGAUGAAAACUUUAACGCCGAGAAAUGUGCCUUUUCUAAGACGGGGGAUAUUAGGAAACAUCGGCGGAAGGAAGAUGAGGGUGGCGGGCAGAGGACCAAGGUGCCUGACGUUGGGGGCGUGUGGCUCCACGCGGCAGGUAGUACAGCGGGUGUCAUGAGCUCCUUCGGGCGGGAACGGGACAGGUUCAGCGGCAAGACAGGUAAGCCCGUCCCCAUCCCUGUCCCGCCACGGAGGCUUGACAUUCAGAGAGCGGACACGGCCCCACCUGUCGUCACUCUACUGAAUGAUAACGACGUGGGGAGCGACCGAGAAUACGAGGAUACGGAACUGAAUGAAAACUUCGUCAGGAAUAACUUGUUGGCACCAAGGAUAUGCGGCAGGGACAACCAGAGAACGUCUGGUGCCCGGCGGCCUUUCCGCCACAGCAGGGACUUUGACUCCGGAGACGACGGCAGGCUGUCCCCGUCCUUCCCGCAGAUUCUCCGCAGAGCCUCCCGCGGCUCCGGCUGCAGCACCCCGGACCGGAGGAGUGACGGCUACCUGAGCUCCGACCAUGAGGACUCCUCUUCUGCAGACUUCAACUACAACACAGACGGCUACGAGGGAGACGUAGCAGAGGACGGCAAGUCUCAGGACGGCUCAGAGACGCUGCCCUUUAUAGAUGAGUCUCCCACCAUGUCGCCACAGCUGUGCGCAUCCCAAGGGCCCGACGGAGAAGCGGUCUCCCCAACACCACCGGAGAGCCUGCUGGCAGGGGGAGACAUAGAGAAAGGACUGGAAAUGAAGAAACUGGUGCUGUCUGGUUUCCUGGCCAGCGAGGAGAUCUACAUAAACCAGCUUGAGGCCCUGCUACUGCCCAUGCGACCUCUGAAAGCCACAGCCACAACAUCCCAGCCCGUCCUCACCAUCCAGCAGGUCGAGACCAUCUUCUACAAAAUCCAGGAAAUCUUUGAGAUCCACAAGGAAUUCUACGACGCCCUCCUACCCAACAUCCAGCAGUGGGACGAGAAGGUCACCGUGGGGCAUUUGUUCCAGAAGCUGGCCAGCCAGUUGGGAGUGUACAAGGCCUUUGUGGACAACUACAAGGUGGCGUUACAGACGGCAGAGAAAUGCAGCCAGGCCAACAACCAGUUCCAGAAGAUAUCGGAAAACCUCAAAGUAAAAGGUCCUAAAGACUCCAAAGAUUGUACCACAAUCGUCACAAUGGAGGCUCUCCUUUACAAGCCAAUCGACCGUGUCACCAGAAGCACCCUGGUCCUUCAUGACCUGCUGAAACACACUCCUAAGGACCACCCGGACUUCCCGCUGCUGCAGGACGCUCUGAGGAUAUCUCAGAACUUCCUCUCCUCCAUCAACGAGGAGAUCGACCCUCGCAGGACCGCGGUCACCACUCCCAAAGGAGAGGCUCGUCAGCUGGUGAAGGACGGCUUCCUGGUGGAAGUGUCGGAAAGCUCCCGGAAGCUUCGGCACGUCUUCGUCUUCACCGAUCUGCUGCUCUGUGCCAAGAUUAAGAAGACAUCUGUGGGUCGCCAUCAGCAGUAUGAGUGCAAGUGGUACAUCCCUCUGGCGGACCUGACCUUCCAGACCCUGGACGACUCGGACUCUUCGCCCAGCAUCCAGGUCCUGCCCGAGCACGAGAUCGAGGAGAUGAAGAUCAAGAUCUCAGUCUUAAAGAGUGAGAUACAGAAAGAGAAGAAAGCCCCGAAGGGUCAGAGUCGCGUGGACCGUCUGAGGAAGAAGAUGAACGAGCAGGAGUCGUGGCUGCUCCUGCACUCUCCCACCAUCCCUUUCCGCAUCCACAACAAACAUGGAAAGAGCUACCAGUUCCUCAUCUCCUCCGACUACGAGAGGUCAGAGUGGAGGGAAAGCAUCCAGAAACUCCAGAAGAAAGAUCUCCAGACGUGUGUGUUGAGUCCUGUCGAGCUCCAGGUCCUGACCAGUUCCUGUUUCAAACUCCGAACUGUGCACAACAUUCCUGUCACGAGUAACAAAGACGAUGAGGAGACUCCGGGUCUGUACGGCUUCCUGCACGUGAUCGUCCACUCUGCCAAAGGAUUCAAGGAGUCAGCCAAUCUAUACUGCACCCUUGAAGUGGAUUCUUAUGGAUACUUUGUCAGCAAGGCCAAGACCCGCGUCUUCAGAGACACCUCGGAGCCACAUUGGAACGAAGAGUUUGAGAUCGAGUUGGAGGGCUCCCAGUUCCUGCGGAUCCUGUGCUACGAGAACUGUUACGACAAAAGCAUGCUCAACAAGGACGACAACGAGAUUGUGGAUAAGAUCAUGGGGAAGGGGCAAGUCCAGCUGGAUCCUCAGACAGUGCAGUCCAAGAACUGGCACAUGGACGUCAUAGAGAUGAACGGGAUCAAAGUGGAGUUCUCCAUGAAGUUUACAAGUCGGGAUCUCAGCUUGAAGAGAACGCCGUCCAAAAAACAGAGCGGGGUGUUUGGAGUCAAAAUCAACGUGGUGACAAAGCGUGAGCGCUCCAAGGUGCCUUACAUCGUCCGUCAGUGCAUUGAAGAGGUGGAGAAGAGGGGGAUCGACGAAGUGGGAAUUUACAGGAUCUCAGGAGUGGCCACUGACAUCCAGGCCCUCAAAGCAGCGUUUGACACCAAUACCAAAGAUAUCCUGGUGAUGCUGAGCGACAUGGACAUCAACGCCAUCGCAGGAACACUGAAGCUGUACUUCAGGGAGCUGCCGGAGCCGCUGCUCACCGACCGCCUCUACCCCGCCUUCAUGGAGGGCAUAGCGCUCUCAGACCCAGCAGCAAAGGAGAACUGCAUGAUGCACCUGCUGCGCUCCCUGCCAGACCCGAACCUCAUGACCUUCCUCCCUCUGCUGGAGCACCUCAAACGUGUGGCGGAGAAGGAGCCCGUCAACAAGAUGUCCCUCCAUAACCUGGCCACGGUGUUUGGCCCCACUCUGCUCAGGCCCUCAGAGUCCGAGAUUGCAAAGGCUCAGCACAUCACCUCAGCCUCUGACAUCUGGUCACAUGACGUGAUGGCACAGGUCCAGGUGCUGCUCUACUACCUGCAGCACGCUCCCAUCUCGUUUGUGGAACUGAAGCGCACCACGCAGUACAACUGAACAACACCCCCCCCCCCCCCACACCCCCCCACCCCACACACACACAAACACACAUACACAUCCCUCCUCUGUGCACCCCUGAACCAACCACCUUCUCCCCAGUCCUUGCAAAGAGAUGGAGCCGAUCCAAAGGGAAGUGGUGAUGGAUAUUCCCGGUCAUCUGUUUGUCACGUUUGUAAUGUAAGGAGAGUGAAGCCCUCAGCGCCUCCCGCCACCAGGACCGCAAGGCAUUCUGGGAGCUCAUCAGGGAAACAUAAAGGGGGUCAGGAUCACGCGGUUUCAUCUAGUGAGCACUUUCCAGGCGCCUCCAGCUUCUUUUUCCUUGCUCAGGGGCAUGACAGAAAAAAUUGGCAUUUUCCUGUUUGAUAAUUCUGUUACGUUUCCUUUUCCUGUCGUUCUGGCCUGAUGCAUGUGGUGGAGAAGACCGGGGGUGUGUGAGUGACGACGUGGAUGCACUUGAGUGAGUGUGUAUUUGAAGGGACUAUGAGAACUUGUGAGGUUUAGAAGUGGCUGGGAAGCCAUCUUGAUAAAUGGCUGGUGACGCGUCUCUCCGUACUGACAAGACGAGAGAGAGCUGCCCUCCCCAGUGAGUCUCGGCCAAAUUAGCCCUAUUUAUUUUAAAUAUAUAUAAUAUGUGUGCCUGUACAGUUCUGUGCAACUAGAGAAAUGCUCAAAGGAGUGUGUUUUUUGAAGUUUAUUCAGGUAGUGAUGUUAUUUUUAGUUUCAUUCACCAUGUCCAUGGUUGGUAAGCUGUACUGAAAAGAUGGACAUAAGGUCUGCCAGUUAACUUCAGAUCACUUUGUGGAGGAGAAAGGGCACUCUGGGACAUGAGGGUUGUUGUGGGGGAAACACACAACAAAUGGAACGCUCAGCUUUUUAUUUCUCUCGUAGUUUCAUUGCAAGCCUGUUCCAAGUGCAGUGUCUUACUGCACCGGUGUAAUCGAUAGAGUUGAUUUGUGUAGUUGCCCUCAUUGCAUGUUCAGCUUGUCAAUCAAACCAGGCCGGGUAACACAAAGGUAGGUUGUCUCUGCACGGCCUCUCCAUCUCUGCUCUGUACAAAGCCCACCUUUCUGCUAUCAAGCCUGCGACAUAUCUUAAAAUACUGUAAGCACGGCUAGAUGAGUACUAUUUGAUAUUUUUAAUAUAAGAUUCAAAUAAAAAAUAAAAAAUGUUGUAUUUUACUUCCUUUGAGAAGAAUUUCAAUAUACUGUAAUAUUGAGGAUUAAAUGUCAAUGUGAACUUUUCCCCCCAUUUUUUUUUGUAAAAUAAAAGUUACCAAAACACUC